AGUGGAAGUGGGAACAGGAGGGAGGAGAUGGUAGUAGUAUCGUGGUUCUGGCACAGCGCAGCUCCGUUGUUUGUAUUUUCCUGACUUCGCCCUCGUUUUUUCCCCUUCCCCCCAUCCCUCUCGCCACUCACGCUUCUCGAUCCCAGGCUUCGCUCCAUUAUGGAGGACAGUAAACUAGAUGCGACGAUUGAGUCUCUUCUCAAUGAAGAAAAGCAAAUGCGACUUGCUGCAGAUGUCGCUGGCACCAAGAAGGUGGUCACUGAAAUCAUCGAAUUGUGCUAUAAAGCGAAAGCAUGGAAGACUCUCAAUGAGCAAAUCUUGCUUCUUUCGAAGCGACGGUCGCAACUCAAACAAGCCGUGACUUCAAUGGUGCAGCAAGCUAUGCAGUAUAUAGAUGAAACUCCAGAUGUUGAAACUCGUAUUGCACUGAUCGAGACUCUCAACACUGUGUCCGCUGGAAAGAUAUACGUUGAGAUAGAAAGAGCUCGCUUAAUCAAGAAGCUAGCGAAGAUCAAGGAAGAACAAGGAAACAUCGCCGAAGCUGCGGAUUGCAUGCAAGAAGUCGCGGUGGAAACUUUUGGUGCCAUGGCAAAAACUGAGAAGAUUGCUUUCAUUCUUGAACAAGUCCGGCUUUGCCUGGACCGUAAAGAUUUUAUUAGGGCUCAGAUAUUGUCAAGAAAGGUUAAUCCUAAGAGUUUCACUGAAACUGCUAAACAAAAGAAGAAGUCAAAAGAGGCGGAAAGCAUUAUCGAGGCACCAGCUCCCGAUGUGCCAACACUACCUGAGUUGAGGCGGAUCUACUACGAGCUUAUGAUCAGGUACUAUGCACAUAACCAUGAGUAUCUGGAAAUGUGUCGGAGCUAUAUGGCUAUAUACGAGGCUCUGGUGAAGGAUGAGAGCUCGUAUUCUGAUACUGCCAUGGCAGUUGAAGGGCAGCCAGAAUGGGUUCCCAUUUUGAGGAAGAUAUGUUGGUAUUUAGUUCUGGCCCCCCAUGACCCUAUGCAAUCCAGCUUACUGAACAGCACUCUUGAAGACAAGAAGUUGUCCGAAAUUCCUAAAUUCCAAGCUUUAUUAAAGCUGAUUGUGACUAUGGAAGUGAUAAGGUGGGACCGCUUUUGGGAAGAUUACAAGACUGAGUUUGACCAAGAGGUUAAUCUCCCUGGUGGGGCGCUUGGAGAGCGGGCAGCUGAAGACCUUCGUCAGCGAGUUAUUGAACAUAAUAUCUUGGUGGUUUCCAAAUAUUACUCGAGAAUCACCUUGACGAGGCUUUCAGAACUGUUGUGCCUCAGCCUCCAGGAAACGGAGAAGCAUCUCUCAGAGAUGGUGGUUUCGAAGGCCUUGAUUGCGAAGGUCGAUAGGCCAGCGGGAGUGGUCUGUUUCAUCAGCAAGAUGGAUAGCAAUGACGUUCUGAACUCUUGGGCUGUCAACAUUGAGAAAUUGUUGGAUCUUGUUGAGAAAAGCUGUCAUCAGAUCCACAAGGAAACAAUGGUUCACAAAGUCACACUAAAAGUACAGUAAAUAUUACUAGUUCUUCGGUGCUUAUUCCCCUCUCAAAUUCUCCUGGCUCCUUAUUUUCGUUUUAUCGGGUUCAAGACAUUAAAUGUAGCCUUAUACAUUGUCUCGAACAAUAGCUCCUUGAAAAGUACCUGCUGAACUGUUGUUCAUUAGUGGAGUUUCUGGUAGAAGGCUGCAAUAACAGCGAAGUUGCGGCAACUUCAUUGCGGAAAGCAUAAAUGAGUGGAGAGAUCCUGAGAUAUGAAUUUAUUGUAACUAAGAUGAGCUUUUCACACCGUUAACUGAAAGUGCAAUUGAUUCAGGUGAUA